GUGCGUGUGAGUGUGUUUCUACCGCUGGCACAUUCACGGACGUUCGGGCCGAACGAGCAGGAAGGAGACUGGUUAGAAGGAAGAAAAAAAGAGUUUCUCUUCCACUAAAAUGAAAGCAGGGCGCAGUUUUAAGUUGUGAAAUGUCGUGGCGGGGGUUCACCUGCUGGGCCCUCCCUGAGGAGUCCGCAUGAGUACAUUUAUUCUCUCCAGCUGACUUCACAUCUGUCACAAGGCUCAGCAGACUUACAGCAACCUGCAGGCUGCACGAUGGCUCAAGACAGAACUGUCGUUUUCUUUGACCUGGAAACCACUGGAUUAGACACCACGGUGUGUGACAUCAUUCAGCUCGGCGCCAUCUGUGAAGACAGGAUCUUUAAUGUCUACAUCCUCCCCCGCCAGCCUCUCACAGAGAGCGCAAAACGUGUCACGGGCUUCACCGUCAGCAACAACCGCCUCUUUCUCCGCGGGGUUCCCGUGGACACCAUCCCUCUUGCCGAGGCUCUCACUAAUUUCAUCGCCUUCCUGCGCUCCUUCCACCGUCCAGUGCUGCUGGCGGCCCACAAUGCAAAGCGCUUCGACGCACCUGUGCUCACCAGGUGGCUGCAGAAUUGCUCCCUCCUGCAGCAGUUCCAACAGGUGGUGUCUGGGUUCCUGGACACCUUCUUGCUUAGCAAGAACCUGUUUCGUCUGAGCAGUUACUCCCAGGAGUCCAUGGUCCAGCGCUUCCUGGGAAAAAGCUACGACGCUCAUAAUGCUGUGGAGGAUGCCAAAAUGCUGCAGGAGCUGUACAAGGCCUGGAGACCUACCACAUUUAGCGUCUCCAAUUGUACCUUCAGGGCAGUCCGGGUGUAUUAACAAAAUGCUGAAAGAAAUACAUGAGAAAUUAUCAGACAAAGCAAAAAUAUUAAAUAAUUUUAAUAAAUAAAAUAAAUAAUGUUAAAGCUGUUAUGUUCAGGUCAGUGGACAAACAGGAACAAAUGAAAUGGAGUAUGUGUGGUCAUAAGUUAUCAAGAUUUAACUUAUUUACUGUUAAAUGUAAUGUAAUGUGUCACAUGCAGUGCAAUCUUCCUUUUCUGUUUCCCUUUGAUCUCAUUGAUGCCUUUUUGUAGCCUCUGUGGACCAAAAUGCAAUGGGUCUGCAAAAUUUUUUUUUUUUUUUUU